AUGGCUGCCAGAACACUCAGAAUAGGCCUCAUCCCCGGCGACGGAAUCGGAAGGGAAGUCAUCCCAGCUGGCCGCAAACUUCUCGAAUCCCUGCCUUCGUCUCUGGGUCUACAAUUCUCCUUUGUUGACCUUGAGGCAGGGUAUGAUACCUUCAAGAAGACGGGGACGGCCCUCCCAGAUAAAACCGUCGAGAUCCUCAAGAAAGAAUGUGACGGUGCGCUGUUUGGGGCUGUCAGCUCGCCCAGCACAAAAGUCACGGGCUAUUCCUCCCCUAUCGUUGCCCUCCGCAAACGACUAGACCUAUACGCAAACGUGCGCCCCGUCCGUACCACAAUAGGCUCCUCUGGCUCCAACCCCAUCGACCUCGUCAUCGUCCGUGAAAAUACUGAAGACCUCUACGUCAAAGACGAGAAAACCUUCGACUCCCCCAACGGCAAAGUCGCCGAGGCCAUCAAGCGGAUUUCAGAACAUGCCUCCUUCCGCAUCGCCACCAUGGCCGGAGACAUCGCCCUGCGCAGGCAAAAGAUACGCGAUGGCGCCGCCGCAAGCACCAAAUCGAACACCAGGUCCAAGCCCAUGGUCACCAUUACCCACAAGUCGAACGUCCUCAGCCAAACCGACGGCCUCUUUCGCGAGACGGCACGGCGCGCGCUAGCACAGCCCUGCUUCGCUGACACCGUCGCCGUUGAAGAGCAAAUCGUUGAUUCAAUGGUAUACAAACUUUUCCGCCAACCUUCUUACUACGACGUCAUUGUCGCUCCCAAUUUAUAUGGCGACAUCCUCUCAGAUGGCGCUGCGGCGCUAGUCGGUUCGCUGGGCCUCGUACCCAGCGCCAACGUUAGUGAAAAAUUUGCCAUCGGCGAACCGUGUCAUGGCUCUGCGCCAGACAUUGAGGGCAAAGGCAUCGCGAACCCGAUCGCGACGCUGCGAAGUGUUGCACUUAUGUUGGAGUUUUUGGGAGAAGAAAAAGCUGCCGCUAGCAUCUAUAAGGCGGUUGAUGCGAACUUAGAUGAAGGGAAGUUUUUAUCGCCGGAUUUGGGGGGGAAGGCGAAAGCGGAGGAAGUGGUGGCGGAUGUACUAAGGAGGCUGUGA